GAUUACAUCACAAUGAGCUCAAGAAGGUAUAAAAGCUGCUUGUAGCAGGAAGCUGCCAGACUGGAGAAGACCUGCAACCAUGCAGUUACUAAUCAUCAGUCUACUGAUUUUAUCAAAUCUUUUAUCACAUAAAUACUUAAAUAAUGAUAAACCAUCAAACACAUAUUUUGAAAAUCCGCUCAUCGAUUGGGAUAUUAUAAAUGCAGAGGAAAAAGCAGCAUCUGAACUCAAUGAAGAUCCCCUGAUUGAAUUUCAACUGAACUCAGAACCAGCCAAGAAACAGUCCUAUGAAGACCUGCUGAGAGUGAUUUCUACAUUAGAUGACAGAUUUAGUGACUUAGAAGUAAGAAUGCUGAGACUGCAAGAGUCUAUAGAGCAGCAGCCACACACGUCUGAGCCUAUUGACUCUGUCAGUAAAGAACAAGAAGAGAAACAGAACAAUAAGUACAGUGAGGAUACAAUUAUCACUCAUCUCCUUUGCCUGUUCAUCUUUCUGUUGGGCGCCUUGAGUAUCUCAGUGUAUAAGAAUAUAAAGUUGCUAAAGAAGAAUAAGGAAUAUACUCGUGCCGAAGAAGAGAGGCAAAGUGUAGAAACUCAAACAGAAUUUCACAGGCUGGAUCAAAGUGAGGAUGAGAUCUCAGGUGUUUCUGAUUACUCGUCUAGUCUGGAAUCUUAUUCAGAUUUUGAAGAAAACCAAAAAGGCAAGAAAAAGAAACGCUUUGGAUUCAACGUACGUAAAUGUUUCUGGCGUUGUUCAAAACUGAAAAAGAAGAAAAAUAAAGAAAAAGAGAAAACUCUAGAUGAGACUUCAGAUGAAAGCGAGGAAAGUGACGAGUCCAUAACUGAACCAACAAGAGAAAAGAGGAAACGUGGCCGUAACUUCCUUAUUUGCUGCAAGAAAAGUAAAACCUUUGAUUCUGAGGAUGAAGAAGAUGAAGGCAAGGGUAAGAAGAAACGAUUUGGCCUAAAAAUCGGAAAAUAUUUCUACCGCUUUAAACAAGCAAAGAAAUUUAGAAAAGCGAAACACAAGAAACGGUUUUGGCAAUGUGGUCGUCAGAGAGAAGAAGAAGAGGAAACUCUGUACGAGACAUCUGAAGAGAGUGAGAAAAGUAUUGAUGAGGUGGCGAGUGUAAUCUCAGAAAGUAGUGAUGAGACAUACAGUACAAGCAGUGAAAUAACAAUAGAGACCUUAUAUGAAACUGCUGAAAGUGAUAUAUCCUCAUAUGUACAGAGAAGAAGAAAGAUAAAGCGUUGUACUCUCACUAUUCUUCUUUGUUGUAAGAAACGCAACAGUCUUGAUUCAGAAAACAAACAAGACGAGACUUCAUAUGAAACGGCUGAAAGUGAUCAGUCCAGUUCUGCAACACCAAGAGAAAAGAUAAAGCGUUGUAGCCUUAACAUUCUUCUUUGCUGUAAGAAAAGAAACUCUCUUGAUUCUGAUGACACAGACGAUGAGACAUCAUCAUAUAAAUCUAUAGAAAGUGAUGAGUCCAUAUAUGAACCAGCUAGAGAAAAGAAGCAGCACAGGCGCUUUAAUGUUCUUUGUUUUAAGAAAAAACAAGGGCUACAUAAAAAAGCAAACGCUAAUAAGGCCAAAAAGAAAAGCCUGAGAAAUAAACUUGGCAAAUAUUUCCACCUCCGCUCUUUCAAAACUCGACUAAAAAAGGCAAGAAAAAAGAAAAGAAAAUUAAGAGGAUUUAUCUGUUGCUAAAGAGGAAGCACCACCCUCUGCCUAAGACUUCUGGAAUCCAGACUGGAUUAUAAAGAUCAGCCAUUAGAGAUUCUAGAAUUGUGACAUUACUCCACUCAACCCCAAAACAUGGAGAUGGAGAGAAGUACUGGAGUCAGAAGGAACCCCAGGAUUAGGGAGAGGAGGGAAGGACCCACCUAUGAUAAAGGUGGUGAGAGGACCACUGGGGUUUGGGAGAGGAGGGAUGGCCUGGUGGUCCAGAACAUGUAAUGCUGUACAUCUUUAAAUAAACCAUUAGAAUUGAACUUACAUUGCUCUCCAGUGUAUUUU